AUGAAUCCUGAAGAUCAACGUACAAGUUGUCCAGGAUUUUUGGAUGAAUAUGGUGUAUGGAAUAAUGGUUUUGAAUGUCCACCAUUAGCUGGUCAAAUCCAUGUAUGUUGUGGAUCAGAAUCUCGUCGUUAUUGUUGUACAUUAGAGAAUCUUUAUAAAACUCCGUCAAAUUCAUUAAAUCGUCUAGAACAAAAUUUGUAUUCAACUAUUGAAACAUCAUUAUUUUUAACCGAAACAAAAUCUUCAACUAUUUUAACAUUACCAAUACUUUUAACAUGUAUUCUUAUAUUAAUACUUAUUUUCUUAUUUAUUUUAUUAAGUUUAUUUUUAUGGUAUCGAUAUCAAAAACAUAAUAAUAAUAAUAAACAAAGACAAAAAGAAAAUUUAUCAACAAAAACAAAUUUACUUGUUGAUCAUUUUCCAUUUUCACCUCCACAUCAUUUUUUUAUGAAUGAAAAUAAUUUACAUUAUAAUAAUACAACAUCACAUUUACAACAACAAACUAAAGAUACGUUAACAACAACGACAAUAGCACCAUCAACAAUAACAAGUACAUCAUCAACAUCAGGUCGUAUACCAUCUGAUAUUUAUUUUAAUGAUUGGAAAGAUUUUCUUAUUGCUGGUGAACAACCAAUGAAUAUGUAUCCAACAAUGUCAUCUCAUAGUAAUGAACUAAAUAAUGAUCAUCAGUAUCUUAAUUCAAAUUAUUUAUAUCAUGGUAAACAUCAACGACAUGAUGCUAUUGUCUAA